AUGGACUCGGCAGCGGUCGCCGUCGAGGAGGGCCAGAUAGCCGAGUUGUCCAUCCCGCUGCCCAAAUCGCUGGACACGCGCAUCUACCUCCGCCUCUCCACGCAGGCCAAGGCCAUCCUGCUCUCCCUCACGACGGCGUCCCAGGACGAGCUCGCCGCCCCCAAGCCCAUGGGCUCAUUCGUCUACGCCCUGCCCGACCGCUUCCACGCCCAGCAGCCGCUCUCCACCACCCUCUUCUCCCAUGAGCCGACAGUGGAGUUCACCACUCGCCUGGCCAAGCUCAUCGCGCGGAGAGCCAAUUUGCCAGCGUACGUCACCAACUCAAUGAGCUUCGCCAACGCCGGGAUGGGAGGUACCGUCGAGGAGGAGAUGGAGGCCCUCAAGGGCAUCGUUGAGGUGGUGCUGGCCCGGCUUCGAGACGCCGGAAUGGUCUCCAAAUAG